AUUCAUUACAGUCAGGACUCAAGGGCUGAUGUCAAUUAUUUAAAUAAAUUUGUGCAGUUGAAAUAAUCCUAGGGAAGGAUUGUCAACUACUCUGUAACUAGCUUACUUGAUUUUGGCUUGCCUGCUGGGGGAAACUGGUGUUCUGUAUUGUGAUGUCAACCUCCAACUCUAAAUCCAAUGCGGUUGUUGUCGGAAUAACGUCAGCUGAGCCUGAGCUUCUUUCUUACACACCUCUUCUCAUGGUGGAACAACAAGAGCAAGUAGAAGACACAGUUCCUGGCGCAGUUGACUAUAAGCACUGCCCUGCCAUCAGAUCCAAGCAUGGACAGUGGACUUCGGCUUCUUUCAUCAUUUGGGUGGAGAUGGCGGAGAGGAUGGCGUAUUAUGGGAUAUCAGGAAACUUGAUAAGCUAUUUAACGGGGAAAUUGGAGCAGUCAACGGCAAUGGCGGCUUCGAGUAUCAAUGCCUGGAACGGGGUGGGUUGUUUGCUUACUAUACUGGGGGCGGUUAUUGCUGAUUCUUUUGUGGGCAAGUAUUAUACAAUCGUUGUUUCUUCCAUCAUUUACAUCUUGGGGCUGGGCUUGUUGACUUUAUCAGCAACGUUGCCAUCCUUUAGUUGUUUCAACCAAGAUACAAGCGACGAGGUUUCUUCAGGACGUUCUCCACAGUCACAGAUAUUAUUAUUCUUUAUUGCCCUUUACCUGGUGGCUGUUGGGCAAGGUGGUCACAAGCCUUGUGUUCAGGCUUUUGGGGCUGAUCAGUUUGAUGGAGAAGAUCCUAAGGAGCGCAAAGCUAAAAGCUCUUUCUUCAACUGGUGGUAUUUCGGUGUUUGCUUGGGUGGUUUGCUUGGUAUUGGAGUAUUGAGUUAUGUUCAGGACAAUCUUAGUUGGGGCCUUGGAUUUGGAAUUCCAUGCAUCAUCCUGAUACUUGCUCUGCUCAUAUUUAUGUCUGGAACUAUGACUUAUCGCUACACUAUGCAAGCUGAAGGGGAAAGUCCGUUCUCAAAAAAAAAAAUGACUCAGUCCCAGAAACAAUCAUUCUUGCCAAAGUUAGCAAAUGAAAUUCCAAACACGUUUCCAACUCACUACUUCAACAGGCUCAAACGUGAAACUCCCUCUCUUUCUCUUUCUUCAAAUUGCUGUCAAUUUUCCGGAAUUUCAGCUCAUCACUUUGAGUAUUUUGCUAUAAAAAUGGCUACUGCAACUUCAAACCUUCACUCACCCCUUUUAAUGGCUGACACCGUCCCCAAUUCCGUCGAUUACAAGGGUCGUCCUGCUGUUCGAUCUAACCAUGGACGUUGGUUUUCUGCUUUAUUUAUCAUCUGGGUGGAGAUGGCAGAGAGGAUUGCAUUUUAUGGGAUUUCAUCGAAUUUGAUAAGUUUUUUGACUGGGAAAUUGGGGCAGUCAACGGCAAUGGCGGCUGUUAAUAUUAAUGCUUGGAGUGGAGUAGCUUCUUUGCUUCCAAUUUUUGGGGCUGUUAUUGCUGAUUCUUUUGCUGGAAAGUUUUAUACCAUUAUUGUAUCUUCAGUCAUUUACAUUUUGGGGCUAGGCUUGCUUACAUUGUCAGCGAUGCUUCCUUCACUUAGUUGUCCCAACCAAGGAAGAAGCAUUGUGGGUGGACAGGAAUGUUCACCACAUUUGCAGACAGUUAUAUUCUUUAUCGCUCUAUAUCUGGUGGCUGCUGGGCAAGGUGGGCACAAGCCUUGUGUUCAGGCUUUUGGGGCUGAUCAAUUUGAUGGAGAAGAUCCAGGGGAGCUCAAGGCAAAAAGCUCUUUUUUCAAUUGGUGGUAUUUUGGUGUUUGUGUGGGUAGUUUGCUAGGCAUUGGAGUCUUGAGCUAUGUUCAGGACAACCUUAGUUGGGGCCUUGGAUUUGGAAUUCCAUGUAUUAUCAUGGUAAUAUCUGUGCUCAUAUUUCUUUUUGGAACUGUGACUUAUCGCUACAAUAUGAAAGUCGAAGGGGAAAGUCCAUUUACAAGGAUUGGAAGAGUAUUUGUUGCAGCAGCCCAGAAUUGGAAUACUGCACCUCCUGAGGAUGGCGAUAAUGAAGAGGCUCAAUUUCAUGAUGGAUCUAGACAAUUCAAGUUCCUUGACAAAGCUUUGGUUGCACAAGAAAUUUCAAAUAGAAUUGGGAAAUCUUGCAGUAAAAGCAAUGUUGAAGAGGCAAAGGCAGUACUUAGGUUGUUUCCAAUUUGGGCAACAACAUUGAUCUUCGCAAUUGUCUUCUCACAGCCACCAACUUUCUUCACCAAACAAGGCAUAACGUUGAAUAGAUCAGUUGGAUCUAAUUUUGCUAUACCAGCAGCCGCAUUGCAGUCUUUUAUAGGCAUCUUUAUUGUCAUCUUUCUCCCAAUUUAUGAUCGCGUUCUUGUGCCAGUUGCCAGAAAAAUUACUGGAAAUCCUGCUGGCAUAUCAAUGCUUCAGAGAAUUGGAACUGGUCUGUUCAUUUCCAUUAUUGUUAUGGUGCUUUCCACCAUCAUAGAGAAGAAAAGGCUUGAAACUGCUUCUCAACAUGGACUGAUAGACUUGCCUGAUAUGACAAUCCCAAUGAGUAUUUGGUGGCUGCUUCCGCAAUAUGCUUUAUUUGGUAUUUCAGAGGCAUUUACCAUGGUUGGUCUGCAAGAAUUUUUUUACGACCAAGUCCCAAAUGAAUUGCGCAGUGUAGGAUUGUCUCUGUAUCUGAGUAUAUUUGGCUUAGGAGGCCUUUUAAGCAGCUUGCUUGUUACACUGAUCAACAAAGCAACUAGUAGAGGUGGGAAAGAGAGUUGGUUUUCGAAUAACUUGAAUCGUGCACAUCUUGAUUACUUCUAUUGGCUGCUUGCUGGUCUUAGUAGCAUAGGUUUGUGUCUUUUUGUUUAUUUUGCAAAGUCAUACAUAUACAACAAAAAAAAUACUAGUCUAUAGUAGGUAAUAGAAUGCUACUUCAUGUUGUAUGCAAAUAGUAAGCAAGGGGCAAAAUGUAAUGACACACUGUUGGGUGACUUAAUUAAUGCUCUUUAGGAAAAUAUUAGAGCUUAUUGUACUACGAAGUAUUAUAUUUCACCCAUGUGUAAAAUCAGAUGUGAGCAAUGUUGAAGUGAAUUGCACAAGUAGUUGUUUUGAGAGAAAUCUACGAAUCAUACUUGUUUCUUAAACUGAAAAUGUUAUGAAUUAUUAUUCUAUU